CCCGGGUAAACUAUACACAUAACUCACUUCUGGGAGUUAUAUUAUUCAUUAUGGAUUUGCUGUGCUAUACAUAAUGCGCUACAUUAAUUAUACAAUUGCUUAAUGAAGCAGUGUUAUAAGAAGACUGGAAGGAGCGAGGUGGAUGGUCUUGGGGACUAGUUGUGGUGUGUCGCUGAGCGAUCCGAGUGCCAUCUGUAAACAUUUAUCAAAACAAUAACAAAGGCAAAAAUAACUAUUUCUCCCCGGCGCCUGUAAGUAAGUGAGCAGUAAGAGUAACUAAAGAUGCAUGUGGUUGUGGUAGAGCGAGGAGGGGAGGUUAUGGGGUGUGAGAGAGUGUGGUAAUAAGCCAGCAGAAGCAGCACUGAGGGAGACGCCUGCUGGGGGGGACUCACCGCCCGGAGCCACACACCGCCGCGGCUCCUCCACCACACACUCCUCCUCCUUCUGCACACUACUACACCCACUCUCUUCUACAACCAUGCCCAAAAAGAAGUCAGUCAACCCCCGUUUAUCCGGACAACGCCGUUCCCGAGGAAAUCGUCCGGAUAACGAGUUGACCGGAUUUCUGAAAAUGACUGUUGCCAACAACAGCAGCCUGGCGGCUGACUUUAAGCCAGGUACGGGGGGCUCUCCUGAUUCUCCAAAUAACCCUAAAAAGAAGAGACGCACUUCAAAUCCUCCACCCUCAGCACAAGGACCACCAUCCACACCACCCAGUCAUGAAUUGAUACCACCCCCUCUCUCGGCAUUUCAUUCAGUUGAGGGUCCAUUCUGUUAUGGAGACACCAUUGUGGCAUCGAAUCCCUUCGAUGAUUCUCCGUCAGUGUCAGCGCCGUCCUCAACCAGCAUGGGGCCUGGGCCAGGGCCUGGGCCAGGACCAGGGCCAGGACCUAUGAGCCAUGGACCAAUGGGCCCCAUGAGUAUGCCAUAUAUGAAUAGUAUAAAUAUGAAAAACAUGGGGAUGGGUGGACCUAUGAAUGGUCCAAUGGGGGGACCAAUGAAUGGUCCUAUGGGUCCAGGAGGGCCAAUGGGUCCAGGUGGUCCCAUGAAUGGGCCAAUGAGUGGACCCAUGGGACCUGGAGGGCCCAUGAAUGGACCCAUGAAUGGUCCUAUGAAUGGUCCCAUGAAUGGUCCCAUGAAUGGUCCCAUGAAUGGCCCCAUGAAUGGACCCAUGAAUGGACCUAUGAAUGGACCCAUGAAUGGUCCCAUGAAUGGACCAAUGAAUGGACCUAUGAGUAGCCCCAUGAAUGGGCCCAUGAAUGGUCCCAUGAGUGGUCCCAUGAAUGGUCCUAUGAAUGGUCCUAUGAAUGGUCCCAUGAAUGGCCCCAUGAAUGGCCCCAUGAAUGGCCCCAUGAAUGGUCCCAUGAAUGGUCCCAUGAGUGGCCCUAUGAAUGGCCCCAUGAAUGGCCCCAUGUCUGGGCCAAUGAACAUGAACAAUAUGAAUGGCAUGAGUAUGAACACAUCCAUGGCGGGGUCGGGUAUGCCCAUGACCACUAUGAGUCAGAUGACCAGCAUGGCGGGCAUGAAUGGGCCGAUGCCACCCAUGAAUGGUCCUGGAAUGAACAAUGGGCCAGGAAUGAAUAAUGGCCAAGGUCCUAACAUGGGACCCAAACCAAUGCCAGUCAGCUCAGGAAAGGUUUACCCGCCCGACCAGCCGAUGGUUUUCAACCCUCAAAACCCCAAUGCUCCGCCCAUCUAUCCAUGUGGAAUCUGCCACAAGGAGGUACACGACAAUGACCAAGCCAUCCUCUGCGAAUCUGGUUGCAACUUCUGGUUUCACAGAGUAUGUACAGGACUAACAGAAGGAGCGUAUCAUCUGCUGACGGGGGAAGUUUAUGCAGAAUGGGUGUGUGACAAGUGCCUCGGCUCAAAAAACAUCCCUCUUGUUAAAUUCAAGCCAUGAGGGCGUGUAAUGGAUAUGUAAAGAGAUCAGCUGAGUGAGCAAAUUGUCACUACAAGAUGUGUAAAGCUGCAGUCAGCAACUUAAGUCUUCCUAAAAUCUUUACAUAUGCUCAUCUUUGCUGAUCCCUUCACAUAUACCACACAUGAGUUUACAUUUGGCUGUUUAUGUUCAUAGUUUAUAUGACAUACUCAACUGUUUCAAAAAUCCAAAGGGUGAAUGCCAGCUGUUUCAUUAUUAUUAAUAAUAUAGAUGGCUGCCCUGUUCUGAGUUGCCAUAAAAGGAACUUGAGUAUCUGUAAUCCUAACAGAUUACUUCAGCAGUAUAAGGCUGGAUUACAAAGAACUGGUUUGUAUAUCCUGAACUGUUACAGUAUCCAGAUUUACUCAUACUGGUUUUCUUGGGGUGCCUCCGGUGACUUCCUGUAGCUAUCUCGCUGAGAUGGCUUUGAAUACCGAGUCACAUCUGCAAUAGGAGUCCUGUUAGCCUACUGGAGACCAAAGUCUAAACCUUGCCCCUUCACUUUGCACAGACAGCUGGGUAUUUUUAUGAUCUCUGACACCAAGAAAGCAUUCAGAGAGUGAAGCAAUAUAAACAACUGCAAGAUUCACCUAUAUGAAGCACUGAAAUAACUAACAGACUCUGCAAAAGCUUCACUCAAAUCCAAAUGGUUCACUUAAAACUAAGGUCAAACUUCCCAGUGGCCUCCCAUGUGCUCCCAUUUUCCAGCCUGAUUCAAUUCCGUUGCUGAUGUCAGCACUAUGACUUUCCCAUGUUGCCCAAGCCAGUAGCAAGUUCCACUUAUUUCCAAGAUAAGUUGGAAAUGCUCAAAACACCAGGGCCACUACACCUGAUUAAUCUUGGAAUAUGAUUCCUUCCUUUUUUUUCACCUUAUUCUUCACCCUUUUACGCUUUAUUCUUCACCCCCCUCUACGCCUUAGUCUUCACUUAUUUGUAAUUACAUGUACCUGACCUCCCUAAUAGUAUAAAUCCAAUACGCUCCAGUACUGUCCCAUUCACUUGAGAAUGAACCAUGUAGGUUCAAAACAUUGUGUAAAUUUAUAAUGAGUGUAUUAUACAUACUACAGUUAA